AUGUUAACUAAACUGCCAUUUCCAUCACCAACAGAUGAAUCCAAAGCUUUCCCUUCUGAAAUCCAGGUGAGGAGUGCUUUUUGCCAAGGUUUCUGUUUCUUGCAAGGCAUAUCAUUAGCCACCUUUCCCACCCUUUAAUCCCACUCAAUUCAUCUCUUCACACCCUAUAUAUCACCACCCCCAUAACCAAAGAAAUGCCACAACAAUCCCGAAAUAGAGAUUGGAAGAAAGGAAAAAGAAAAUGGAGAUUAAGGUAGAAAACAAUGAGGAACAAAAACUCCCCCUCCUGGAAGAUAAAUCCAUUCCCGAGUUCGAAGAGAAAAAAUCCCUAAUACAAAUAGCCAUCAGCCAAACAUUCCAAAGCACAGCCCAUUUAGCCAACCUUUUACCGACUGGGUCAGUUCUCGCUUUCCAACUUCUCUCCCCAAUUUUCACAAACGAAGGUGAGUGUGAUGCGGUCAGCCGGUCCUUAACCGCAGGCCUGAUCGUUCUAUGUGGGCUGUCUUGUAUUUUACUAAGCUUCACAGAUAGCUUCAAGGACAAGAAAGGGAAUAUUUGCUACGGGUUUGCCACUACCCGCGGGAUGUGGGUAAUUGAUGGGUCAGAGACGCUACCACCCGAAGAAGCUUCAAAAUACCGGCUGAAAUUUAUAGAUUUCAUGCAUGCUUUCAUGUCAAUAUUGGUCUUUUCAGCAGUUGCCCUGUUUGAUCAGAAUGUCGUGAAUUGCUUCUACCCAAGGCCGUCGGAUGAGGCCAAGGAGGUCCUCGCAUCGUUGCCAAUUGGAAUUGGGGUGGUUUGCAGCAUGUUGUUCGUUGUGUUCCCUACCCAACGCCAUGGAAUCGGCUUCCCCGUCACUUCUAAGUAGUACUUCUCUUCUUUGUAUCUUUGAGCAACGAUGUUUUUCAUUCCUCUGAUGGUAAAUCUUAGGCUUUCCACAAAUUUAUGGCAUUUUCUUUCCUGUUUCUAUCUCUGUUCAUCUGGUGGUGGUUUUGAGCUCCACCAGCCCCAUUUCAUCUUCCUUAAGUUAGACUAGUAUAUGAUUUGCUUGGUCAUAUAUAAUUAAUCUCAGAACUGUUAAUCCCAUAAA